AGCAAAUUAUAAUAAAUUUAAAAGUUUUUUUUUUUUUGUCUCGAUCACUAUUUCUGUAACUUUUUAAGCUUUCAUAUACCUUUCUCCUAUAAAUCCCCACCUCAGUUUCUCUCAAACCUUCACCAAAAUCUUUCUCUCUUUCUCCCUUCAUCAAUCUCUUCACAAUGUUGCCAAGAAGUAGAACCAUGCCAUCAAGAAUCAUUCAUGGAGUUGUCGAAGAACGACACGAUAUCAUGCACUAUUGGAAAGUUGAUGAUCGAACUAAUGCUAGCACCGAGACCCAAGCCAUGAACAUCGAAGACAAUUAUUCAAAGAGUUUCGAUGAUGAUGGUCGUUUAAAGCGUACAGGUACUUUUUGGACCGCGUCAUCACAUAUCAUCACCGCAGUGAUCGGGUCUGGUGACCCAGUCACCGGACCUAGAAGCUAUACCUACAUGGAGGCUGUAAAAGCUCAUCUAGGAGGGCGUAAAGUGAAAGUAUGUGGCAUGAUACAAUACAUCAAUUUAUUUGGGGUUGCAAUUGGCUACACAAUCGCAGCCUCGGUUAGCAUGAUGGCGAUAAAAAGAUCAAAUUGUUUUCACAAAAGCCAUGGAAAGGACCCAUGCCAUAUGUCAAGCAAUGGAUACAUGAUAACAUUUGGGAUUAUAGAAAUACUUUUUUCCCAGAUUCCAGAUUUCGAUCAAGUAUGGUGGCUUUCCAUCGUUGCAGCUAUUAUGUCAUUCACUUACUCUUUUAUCGGUCUUGCACUUGGGAUUGCAGAAACGACAGAAAAUAAAGAAAUCAAAGGGAGUUUGACUGGGAUAAGCAUAGGAACAUUAACUCAUGCCGGCACAGUGACUGCAACACAAAAGUUAUGGAGGAGCUUUCAAGCAUUAGGAGCUAUUGCUUUCGCAUAUUCAUAUUCCAUUAUUCUCAUUGAAAUUCAGGACACAAUUAAAGCACCUCCGGCUGAAUAUAAGACGAUGAAAAAGGCGACUUAUUUAAGUAUUUUUGUGACGACGGCAUUUUAUAUGCUUUGUGGGUGUAUGGGGUAUGCUGCUUUUGGAGAUGAGGCCCCAGGGAAUCUCUUAACCGGGUUCGGGUUUUAUGACCCGUAUUGGCUACUUGACAUAGCCAAUAUCGCUAUUGUAGUGCAUCUCGUUGGUGCUUAUCAGGUUUAUUGCCAACCAUUAUUUGCAUUCGUGGAGAAAUGGAGUGCACAAAGAUGGUCGAAUAGUGAUUUUGUAACAGCGGAAUAUGACCUCCCAAUUCCCUUUUAUGGGAUUUUUCAUGUCAACUUUUUUCGUGUUGUGUGGAGAACUAUUUUUGUCAAUGUUACCACUGUCAUAGCAAUGCUAAUGCCUUUCUUUAACGAUGUAGUUGGACUACUAGGAGCCUUAGGGUUUUGGCCAUUGACAGUUUACUUCCCUAUUGAAAUGUAUAUGUCUCAAAAGAAGAUCAAAAAAUGGUCAACCCAAUGGAUCGGGUUUCAAAUACUUAGUUUCGGGUGCCUUUUGGUUUCUGUAGCAGCGGCUGUUGGAUCCGUUGCAGGAGUUGUGUUAGAUUUGAAGACUUACAAGCCAUUCAAGACCAGUUAUUGAUCAAUAACAUGUUUGAUGAUAUAUAUGGAAUCUCUAAACUUGUAUCCAAAUUAUAGAUUUCUACAAGAGCUUUAAUCGACAACUUUUAAUGUUAUUACUUUUUGUUUUGUAUAAGCUAGUUUAUAAAUUUUUCAAAACUCGUAUCAUCAAACGUAACCUAUAAAAUUACAUAUUGUAAUCAAGAUAAUAACAAAAAAUGAUUUCCUUAAUUAGGAUAAACAAAAAGGAAAUGAAUCAAAACAAAUUAUCACAUAAAUAUUAACACCAAAAACUUUUAUAACUUCUAUGUAUUCGACUUAGAUUUUGAUUUAGAUGAUUUCGACUGUAACACUGCAGCUUUCACAAGUGUUGUUGGCUUAAUUGCACUCUUUGGGUUAAGUGCUUUUCGUAGUUUAAACACAGCCCAAGCUGUGCCUAUCGCAUGCCCUGCUGCACCCAUUCCUUC